CACAAGACAGCGCCCUCUUUCGGUUGAACUCCACAACACAAUAAACAUGUCCGACGGGAGCUCCGACGGUGAGGGUUCUUCCAUGGACAUAUGGGUUCCCUACAAGGAACGACAGGAGUGGAAGGACGUUCAGCCGGUGGCACAGGACGAUGGACCUCACCCAGUCGUUCAAAUAGCCUAUUCCGACAAAUUCAGUGACGUCUAUGACUAUUUCCGUGCUGUGAUUGCUGCCGACGAGCGCAGUGAUCGGGCUCUGGAACUCACAAAGGAUGCUGCUGAGUUGAACCCUGCCAACUACACUGUUUGGCAUUAUCGCAGAAUACUUCUGAAGGAUCUGAAUAAAGAUCUGAGAGAGGAACUGAAAUAUGUUUCAACUGUCAUCGAAGACAGUCCGAAAAAUUAUCAAGUUUGGCAUCAUCGUCGAGUGUUGAUAGAAUGGUUACAGGACCCAUGUGAUGAACUUGCAUUUACAGAAAAGAUUCUCAGUCAAGACGCUAAAAACUAUCAUGCUUGGCAACACAGGCAGUGGGUAAUACAGGAAUUUGGCUGCUGGGAGAAAGAGCUGGACUAUGUCAGUAAGCUGCUCAAAGAUGAUCUCCGAAACAAUUCAGCUUGGAAUCAGCGUCACUUUGUUGUGAAAAACACAACCGGUUUUACAGACACUGUCACAGAACGAGAAGUCGCGUAUGCUCAAGCGAUGAUAAAGAAGGCUCCCAACAAUGAAAGUGCUUGGAACUACCUGAAAGGUGUUCUGCUUGACCGGGAGCUCAGUAAAUAUCCAGGUCUGAUUGAGUUCUGCUUAAAGCUUUAUGAAGAUCAGAUUCGAUCUCCAUACCUGAUUGCAUGCAUGGUGGACACAUAUGAAGAAAUGUUGGAGCUCGAUUGUGAAGAUAAAGAUAAUGUUUUAAAAAAGGCUUUAGAGCUUUGCGAUUCGCUGGCAGAAGAGUAUGACACCAUUCGACGAGAAUACUGGAAAUAUGUAUCAAGAUCUCUGGCAUCAAAAUUCGGGACCGAAAUUAAUGCUUGAAGUUUCAUAUCCAUUACGUACAGUUACAAUGUUCUCUAACAUUCAGUUUGAUUGAGGUUAUUUCUUCAAACUCCGUUUAUCCAUUUUGAUCUGACGAUAACAAAUGUUUGCAUGCACAAACUAUCCAGUGCCACCAUUCACCAAUUGUUCCAUCUUAUUUUGUGGGAAUAUUUAUCCAUUUCAGUGUUAAUCAGGUUUAUAUGAAGUGAUCUGAGUAUUUUUAUUUUAUUAAAGUGAAUGGUUGUGUUCAGGAAAAAAUAAUUCAUCAAACGAGGAAAAAUGGUUUAACCAUUAAUACAUUUGACAAUGAGACUAACUCCACUAUGUUACAUUAAUGCAUGUAAUUUGCAACAGAAUGUCUUGUAACAAUGGCUUUAGUAUGUUUUAAUACUGUAAGCAUUUGACAUGUCUUUAUACAGUUAGUUCGACAAAUGUAUGUUUUCAGUAUAUAUAGAUCACUAUUUCACAUUCUAUGCUAAAGACUGAUAGCAUUAUGGCAUAAUAGCUUCAGCUAAUUAUUUAAUAUAUAUUCAGUCACAAUUAAUAGUGUUGAAAUAAUGCCCAAAACCAACAUGUAUGUACAAUCCAAUUUCUAAGUAGACCUGUGAAGCACUACUGGUAUAAGCGUAUACAGUCGUGUCCGGUGUAUCGGCGCGUCCAAUGAUUUGGCACACUUGGUAUUUAACUUAAGUAAGCUUUGGAAGUUGUCAUGUUGUUGGUGCGUUUCACAAAUAAAAGCUCAAUUCCUUUUUCAGUGAUUAAUCCCCUGAUGGAAGUCAAGUGUCAACAUAUAUAGAGUUAAGGGUGCAAUUAAAAAUUAUUAGAAUUAUCAAUAAUUAUAUCAUAAUUUCAUAAAAUCGUUCACAUGUUUUCUUGUAUAUACAUGUAGGUCAGCCUCAUUGAUAUUAAGAAUGACAAAACCAGUCGAAAAAAAACAACAUUUCUGAAAUGUAAUUAAUAAACUAUAAAUCUUCGGUUAGUUUGGUUCAAACUGAAAUCUUGAGCGGAAACUGAAAAGGAAAAUACACUAAAAAGUAAACAAAUCGAACGUUUUAACACCUUACACUCAUUCCAGUUCACAAUAGUCACAUUAUUACAAAAGAUAACAUAUGUGGGUGUACAGUCUACCCUAGAGAAAAAUCCAUGUAGGCAUGCACCUGCAGUAUUGACAAACUGUGAGACUCGAGAAAAUUAUUCCAAAACUUUUCGUGAGAUGUGUCGUGUUUGGUCGUUCAUUUUCACAGUAAAUUUUUUAAUUUAAAAAGAAAACAAAUGCUAAAAUAAUCCUGGAACAAGUCUAGUGUUCAUGGACUACAAAAUGAGGUCAUGGGCAGUCUGUAAAUAGUGGUGUUACUGGGCUAUAUCUACUGCACUGAAUCACCGGACAUGGAAAUCGUUUUGGAUACAAGGGGGUGCCUACAUUUAUGCACAAUUUUAAAAUGCUUAUUUAAUUCAGACAUAAAAAUGUAGUGUAUUUCAGAUUAUGCACUGUUGCUUUGGUGAGAAACACAUUUUACUAUGUACUUCACAGUGUUCACAGAGAAAAUUAUAUUUGAAUGCUUAGGUGCGCCACUACACCAGACAGCACUAUUAUGCUGAAAGGGAAAAUAGCUGUCAUGUAGUUAAAAAAAAAAACUAAAUCAAAAUGAAUUCUUUAGUAUGGAUUUUCAAAGGUAUCUUAGCUCUAUAAUAUCAUAAAACUGUUGUAGUCUAUGACAUCACUAUAACACAUGCCAUAGCCUACUACAGAUAGCUUCAAAAAUAUGAGCCCAGUUUCUUGAGAAAAUGAAAUUGAAAAUUAAUAAUGCGGAAGUGUUCUUGCAAGAUUUCUGUCUAGUAUCAUUCUUCAUUAUUAUUUUUACUACAAGUCUUAUUUAUUUUUCAGAUGCAUCAUUCUAAGUCUCAGGAAUAAUAUUUGUGUAGUAUUUUUGUUUGCUGAUCUUUAGUAUGGGAUUUUAAUUUCAUUUCACCGGUGCAAUUAGUACUGUGUUAUCUACUGGUUCUUCAGAGAACCUUUGUUUUAUUUGGUAUGAUUAUGUAUUCUCUAAUAAUACUAUGGUAACUAUUGAUUUGUUUUGUGAGAGUAUUUAUUAUUUUGUCCCUUUUAUUUUUAGUUGCUAACUUUUUGGUGUAUUUAUCAGAAGGAUCCCAACUGGCUUUUAACUUUAUUAUUAUUGUGGGGGUUUUAGUUUCUUCUUUUUUUGUCUUUUUUUUUUGUCUUUGUAAAUAUUUUCUUUUCAUAUUGGUUUGUUAUUAGGGGAGAGGGCCAAGUAUGUUGAAAUGCAUGCCUGGUCCUUUUGUUAUAGGUUGUAUAAGAUUUAACUAUGUUUUAAUCAAUUAAUACAGGGUAUUUAAAUGCUGGUAUCAUAGGAAUCAAUGGAGGUGGGUCAACUUUGAAAAUACCGGUAAUGCAUAUUGCUCCUUCACACACACCCAUUGAAAUCAAAUUAAUAUUUAAUCGCUCCCCACCCCAAUUGUUGUCAUCUUUGAAUACCUAUGAGUAUUAAUUGAAUAUAUAUUGCAUAGUGUAGUCAAAUUACUGUGACCUUCUCUGCAGGUAAGAUAUAAUGCUAAAUUGUUGCUGUGGCUUGUCCAAGUAAAUGUUUAUACUGACAAAGCAAAAUGUUGGUUGCAUACUGACAGCAGAAGGAAUCAAUCCGACUUGCAAGUUAUACUUUAUCAUUGCUUUUUUAAAAUAUGCAAAGAAAAAAGGACAAAAUGGUACUAGUCAUCCUUAAUGACACUAUUUGUAGCUCAUAUAAGAUAAUGAAAACAUACAACCUCAUAAUUUUUGUCGGAGUUAGCUAGCCAUGUUACAACAGCAUUUGUAUUUGCAUACAUUUGUAACAAAUGGGAAGCAAACUCAGAGCUAAGAUUUGUUUUUCUAAUGGUAGAAUCUCUAAGCUAAGAGGCAUGUUUUUUGUGAGGCACGCAAGUGAAUGCUGUGCAUCCCAUUCGGCUCCAGAAUGUUUUGUAUUUUAUGUAUGUAUAAAAUCAAGGGGAAUAACUUUAUUUGCUUGCAUUUUGGGGAAAAGUGGAAAACCACUCAUUUUCCUAGGUUUAAGGUUAUUUAUUACUAUAAAGAAUAUGUUGCAAUUGUUUUGGUGUAACAAAAAUUAUUUCCUAUCCAAAACAAGUUCAUAAAAGAUAUUUUUUGAAUUUAUAGGUCAUGUAUUUAUAAUUUCUGUUUGGGAGGCAUUUGAAGUGUAAUAUCAAUAGUCUGACCCAAAAUUCUGUUCAUUAUAUGUAAUUGGCUAGUUUUAUUCACAUAAAAUGUGACAAGUUGUGAACAUCUAGGCUCUGUAUUUCUUUCAGUUAGGUUCAUAGUGACAUACAAACAUACCAUUGUUCUCGUGAAUAUUUCAUAUUUGCAAUUGUAAAAUAAGAUAUAUUAAUUCUUGGCUGUAAAUUACAAAGAAAUUAUAUUUUUGGGGGUAGGGUUUGGUUUUUUUAUUUAAAGAAAACUAUUUUUUAAUGAAAAUAAUAUAUAUUUGGCUAAUGUUUUUCUUAUUAAUGACGUUAAAUUUUUGCUUGGAUUUGACAUAACUAAAAUUUGUUUAUAAACAUUUGUGUGGUGGUACAUGUAAACAUAAACUGUCAUUACUCCAUAAUAUUCCAAUUUGGCUUUUUACCUCACACUUUUUUUUCUUUUUUUUUUACUGUUUUUAUUGCGUUUUUUCUUCUUUCCUUUUAAGCCUGAUUGAAAUACACCUUGCUAUGUACACAUGGUUUUGAGCAAAUUUGUACUUGAUAAUUAUCAGCUUGCUAAAAGUAUUGCUGAUGAAAAAUAAAUGAUUAAAUCUU